CUGCAGAUUCCGUGGUGAAUGGUCAGCGAAGUAAUAACAUUGCAUUUGAGUACUUUUUUAAUAAAUUGUAAAUAAAAGACACCUCGAAUAUGUCAUCCCUGUUGCAAUUGGCCACCAGGUCACUCCGGAGCUCCAUGAUACAAGUGCGCAGCGUGACCACAACAUCUCCCAGACAAAUAAAAGAAAUUCAGGAAAAGCAGGAAAACAAUGUGAAGAUCUUUGAGGGCGUUAAUGUGGAAUCACCGAGAGCCAAGCUAAUGCUUAACUCCGCCUGUCAGAGCACCUUCUGUCCAGAGUGCACUUUGGGCCUGGACAUUAAGCACACGGAUGUCUUAAUCCUGUCGCAGUACGUUCGAUCGGAUGGCUGCAUGCUGCCCAGAAGGAUCACCGGACUGUGCCACCGGCAGCAGAAGAAGUUGGGCACCUUGGUGACCAUGGCCCAGAAGGCGGGACUGAUGCCCAACUUGGCACCCGCGUGGAGCAAAAAGGAUCCCAAAAAGCGCUUUGGCUGGCGCAAAUUCAACAAGUACUUCCUGGAGUCUACAAUUAAAUACUAGCUAGUGUUAAAUGGCAAUAAAUGUGUUAAUAGAA